AUGUGCGCCAUCCAGUUUGUGGUGCCUACUGUCGUAGUAUACGUGGCCGCCCUCGAAGGGCAGCGCCUGUGGGGCCGGCAGAGGGCAGACAGCCUGAUACUGCUGGCUGGGCCGCCAGCGCCAAGGCCAGCCCGCAUCUCCACCACUGUUGCGGCCACCCCCGCGAAGAUCGAGGAUCGGGGAUUGCAGGAUCAAAAUUCGGCCCACAAAAAUUGCCGCCGCCUUGAUCCUCCAGGAUCGGCCCGUGGUCGUUCCGCAGCAACCCACCAGGGGGCUGGGGCACACGAGCUGCUGCCGGCUGUUCCACACGGGUUGCGGCCUGUACUCUCAGCUCCGAGGAAGACGAAUCAGCAUAAAGCAUGCACUUCAGGAGGUCCGCGCGCAAUGCUCAGGUCGGCGUUGGGCCCCCCUGGGUGGCGCCUCUAG